AUGGGCUUCUCCAGUAUCUUUGUUUUAUUCUCCAGCAGAUGCACUGUUCUCUCUCUUCUCCUGACAGCCGUAGCAGCCUCUACCGUCCCCCAUGUUCCACAUCCACGCGCACCUUCUGGACAGGAUCCUGUCCUUGUCAUCGACACGUUCAGAAACGGGGGCCGGAAUGACCUAGAUGCCUGGCAUGGUAUUGGUGAGGACAUGCCGAUAAAAUGGGGAAACGGUUAUGUGAAACUCUUUCCCAUAAAUGCUGAGCAGAACUUCCACACUCAGCUCUCAAGAUCAUGUUUCGACCUUACCCUUUACAAGGAUAUGUUUCUGCACAUCGUCUGCGAAGGUGGAAGUCAUUUUACCGUUUCCCUGAGUCAAAACAACGCCCAGUGUGACUCCUUAAAGAACCCCUAUCCGGAAACGUGGGAUGACGUGGAGGCGGGCAGGUACAUGCAAGGCAAUAACAUCUACAUCCCCAUCUCACAUUUCAAUAUCGACUAUACACGUUCUCUUUCCGUGUCGUUUAAAGGUUUCUACAUGCUGGAAAAAUUGAAAGUGACAAAAGUGGAAAUCACUGCGACGAAGCCGGAUGGGCUCCCAAUUCCGGAGAAGUUACCUACCGGAACUCUGUGGCAGCGAUGCAAGCGCCCUAAUUCCUUCGCGUUUGGCAUUGACGAUGGCUCCCCCGAAUUGGGGCGGGAGAUCAUGGAAAUUUUGACCUCGGAAGGGAUCAAUGCGACAUUCUUCUCAGUAGGAAAUGGUUUAGCGGUUCCUAGCUCCGGGUGGAGUGAUAUCUAUAGAGAGAUGGCUGCGAGGGGGCACCAGAUUGCGCUGCAUACAUGGUCGCAUCCUCCGAUGGAAGAACUCAAAACGAUCGAGGAGAUCGAUGAAGAAAUUUCUAAAGGUCUCCAGAUAAUCAAGGAGGAGUUGGGAUUUACAACUCGAUACUUCCGCCCGCCAUAUGGGAUCAUUGGAGCGCGUACCCGCCAACGACUUGCUGCACUCAUCAAGGAUCCUUAUAUCAUUCACUGGAGUGUUGAUAUCCAAGACUGGUUGUGGGCUGGAACUCCCACUCCCGAAAAACAGGUUGAAGCUUUCCAGAAUGACGUAGAUAGAGGUGGUGACCUGGUGGUCAUGCAUUUCCUCAGUCAGGAUACAGUAAUGUACACAAGAGACGUGAUACAAAUUGCGAAGAAUACAGGUAAACGGAUUAUGAGGGUCGACCAGUGUAUGGAGGACCCGGAAGCGCCCCCGCUCGAUUAG